GCAGGUGAGCCAAGACGCAAGAGGGUGUCAGGUUUCCCGGAAGCGACGGCUGCCCUACCCCGCUGUAGGAGCCGCUUUCCCGGCAAAGGUUCGCUUGGGUAGUUACACAACGCGGUGCCGGCUGGCGGGGCUGAGCCGAACGCAUUGCUUGUGGAACCGCCUCCAGCUGCUGCUCCGUUUUCUUUCCUGGCGGCUUUCAGCGAGCCCAGAGACGGCGAUCAAUGGAGGCGCUUCCCUCCCUGGACGAUAAACACAACCCGAUACGCCAGGCCAACUUCUGCUCCCGGCUCUUCUUUUGGUGGUUGAAUCCUUUAUUCGUUACUGGUCAUAAACGGAAACUAGAAGAAGAUGAUAUGUAUAAAGUACUCACUGAAGAUUCCUCUAAGGUGCUUGGGGAGAAGUUGCAGUGGUACUGGGACAGAGAGGUGCAAAAGGCAAAAAAAGAAGCAAGGACACCACAUUUAACAAAAGCAGUUAUACUUUGUUACUGGAAAUCUUACUUACUUUUGGGAGUUUUCACAGUGAUUGAGGAAGCACUCGUCGUAAUUCAGCCUAUGUUUCUGGGAAUGAUUAUUGCUUAUUUUGAAAACACUGGGUCUCAUGAUGCUUUGAAAUAUGCCUAUGCCUCUGCAGCCGCUUUGUCUGUGUGUACUUUGAUUUUGGGCAUCACUCAUCACUUGUAUUUUUAUCACGUACAACGUGCUGGCAUGAAGCUGAGAGUGGCCAUGUGCCAUAUGAUUUAUUGCAAGGCGCUUCGUUUGAGUAAUACAGCCAUGACAAAGACUACAACAGGCCAAAUCGUAAAUCUUUUGUCAAAUGAUGUGAAUAAAUUUGAUCAGGUGACUAUUUUUUUGCAUUUCUUCUGGGCUGCACCCCUUCAAGCAAUAGUAGUAACUGUACUUCUUUGGCUUGAGAUUGGCUCAUCAUGCCUUGCAGGAAUGGCAGUUCUAAUUAUUCUGCUUCCUCUGCAAACCUGCAUUGGGAGGCUGUUCUCAUCUCUGAGGAGCAAGACAGCAUCCUUCACAGAUACAAGGAUCAGGACCAUGAACGAGGUCAUAAGUGGAAUGCGGAUAAUAAAGAUGUAUGCCUGGGAAAAACCAUUUGCCGAUCUUGUGAGCAGCAUGAGAAGGAAGGAGAUUUCAAUGGUUCUCAAGAGUUCUUACCUUCGGGGAAUGAACUUGGCAUCCUUCUUCGUUGCCAGCAAAAUAACUGUGUUUAUGACACUGAUGACUUACGUAUUGCUUGGCAAUGUUAUCUCUGCAAGUCGGGUGUUUGUUGCAGUGACACUGUAUAGUGCGGUGAGGCUGACAGUUACUCUCUUCUUCCCAGCGGCUGUUGAGAGAGCAUCUGAAGCAAUGGUCAGCAUCCGUCGAAUCAAGAACUUUUUGAUCCUUGAUGAGAUUUCUGAGCUCAGCUCACAACUCAGAAACAACAGUGAAAAUGUUCUCCUUCGUGUGCAAGAUUUGACUUGUUACUGGGACAAGGCUCUGGACUUGCCGACACUUCAAAACAUUUCAUUUACUGUCAGACCAGGAGAAUUGCUAAUUGUGAUUGGCCCUGUGGGAGCAGGAAAAUCCUCACUCUUGAGUGCUAUCCUUGGUGAACUGUCUUCAAGCAAAGGUUUUAUAGAUGUUCGAGGAAGAAUAGCAUAUGUUUCUCAGCAACCGUGGGUGUUUUCUGGCACUGUAAGAAGUAACAUACUCUUUGGAAAAGAAUAUCACAAAGAAAAAUAUGAAAAGGUUCUAAGAGCCUGUGCUCUUAAAAAAGAUAUGGAGCUGCUGGAAGAUGGAGACCUAACAAUGAUAGGAGAUCGAGGAGCUACACUGAGUGGAGGACAGAAAGCCAGAGUUAAUCUUGCCAGAGCUGUGUAUCAAGAUGCAGACAUCUACCUCUUGGAUGAUCCCUUGAGUGCAGUGGAUGCAGAAGUUAGCAGGCAUUUGUUUGAAAAAUGUAUCUGCCAAGCUUUACAUAAAAAGGUGUCUAUUUUAGUGACCCACCAGCUGCAAUAUCUUCGGGCUGCGAACCAGAUAAUAAUUUUAAAGGAGGGCAAGGAGGUUGGGAAGGGUACUUACUCAGACUUCCUGAGAUCUGGAAUAGAUUUUGCUUCCCUUUUGAAAAAACCUGAAGACGAUGAACAGCCACCAAUUCUAGGAACCCAUGGCCACUGGUUAUCUAGGAACCGUACAUUUUCUCAGUCCUCUGUAUGGUCAGCGGAAUCUUCAGUGCAGUCACAGAAAGAUGGGACUGCAGAACUCCCCUCUAUGGAACCUGUUCUAACCACAUUACCAGAAGAAAGCCGUUCAGAAGGGAAAAUCAGCUUUAGCAUUUAUAAGAAGUAUUUUUCUGCGGGGGCAAAUUAUUUUGUAAUUUUUAUUCUUUUUCUUGUCAAUGUUUUGGCACAGGUUGCCUAUGUGCUUCAGGACUGGUGGCUUUCUCAUUGGGCAAAUGAACAAGUAAAACUGAAUGUUACUACAGAGGGAAGUAGUGGAAAAAAUGGGACGAAAGCUCUUGAUCUUGACUGGUAUUUAGGAAUGUAUGGAGGUUUAACUCUGGUUACAAUACUCUUCAGCAUACUGAGGAGCCUGCUUAUGUUUCAAGUUUUGGUUAAUGCUGCUCAGACUUUGCACAACAAAAUGUUUCAGUCAAUUUUGAAAGCUCCAGUGCUAUUUUUUGACACAAACACUAUUGGAAGAAUUCUAAAUCGUUUCUCCAAAGAUAUUGGCCACCUGGAUGACUUACUUCCAUUAACAUUUCUGGACUUUGUGCAGACUUUGCUUCAGAUUUGUGGUGUGGUAGCAGUGGCAAUUGGAGUGAUUCCCUGGAUUCUCAUCCCUUUAGUUCCACUUUUCAUUCUUUUCAUCUUUCUUCGUCGGUAUUUCUUGGACACAUCAAGAGAUAUUAAACGUUUGGAAUCCACAACCCGAAGCCCUGUGUUCUCUCAUUUGUCAUCAUCUCUCCAGGGACUUUGGACUAUCCGUGCUUUUAAAGCAGAGCAAAGAUUCCAAGAAUUAUUUGAUGCUCACCAAGAUCUUCACACAGAGGCUUGGUUCUUAUUUUUGACUACCUCUCGAUGGUUUGCUCUACGCCUGGAUGCCAUCUGUGCUAUCUUUGUGGUUGUGGUUGCCUUUGGUUCUUUGCUCCUUGCACAGGCUCUAGAUGCGGGACAAGUUGGUUUAGCUUUGUCCUACUCAAUCACUCUCAUGGGGACAUUUCAGUGGGGAGUUCGGCAAAGUGCAGAAGUUGAAAACCUGAUGAUAUCAGUAGAACGAGUAAUGGAAUAUGCAGAACUUGAGAAGGAAGCACCUUGGGAGUCAAACAAGCGUCCACCCCCAGAGUGGCCAAGCGAAGGUGUUGUUGCAUUUGAAAAUGUGAAUUUUGCUUACACCAUAGAUGGUCCUUUGGUGCUGAGACACUUAUCUGCUGUAGUCAAGUCAAAAGAAAAGGUUGGAAUUGUGGGAAGAACAGGAGCUGGAAAGAGCUCUCUAAUAGCUGCUCUUUUCCGGUUGGCUGAGCCUCAAGGAAGAAUUUGGAUUGAUAAGUAUAUGACAUCAGAACUAGGACUUCAUGACUUGAGGAAGAAAAUUUCAAUCAUACCUCAGGAGCCAGUUUUGUUUACUGGAACCAUGAGGAAAAACUUGGAUCCUUUCGAUGAAUAUAGUGAUGAGGAGCUAUGGAAUUCUUUGGAAGAGGUCCAGCUGAAGGAGGCUAUAGAAGAGUUACCUGACAAACUGGAAACACAGCUGGCAGAAUCUGGAUCUAAUUUUAGUGUUGGCCAGAGGCAACUGGUGUGCCUAGCCAGGGCUAUUCUGAAGAAGAAUAAAAUACUGAUUAUUGAUGAAGCAACAGCAAAUGUGGACCCAAGAACGGACGAGCUGAUUCAAAAGACUAUCCGUGAAAAGUUUGCCCAAUGUACCGUGUUGACUAUUGCGCACAGACUGAACACCAUCAUCGACAAUGACAGGAUUAUGGUUUUGGAUUCAGGACGGCUUAAAGAAUACGAUGAGCCAUACAUUUUGCUACAAGAAAAGGAGAGCCUGUUUUACAAGAUGGUUCAACAAUUGGGUAAGGCUGAAGCUUCAUCCAUAAUGGAAACAGCAAAACAGAUUUAUUUUAAGAAGAAUUAUCCUGAAGUUAUUCCAAACGGUCAAGCAGUCACCAACUCAUCAGCAGAUGAUUCACGAGGAUUAAUUACUUUUGAGACUGCGCUAUGAUCCCAUGCAAUUAUGGGUGUUGGAUUUUGUUUUUUUAAGCAGAAUGUAAUACUAAUAUGAUAUAAACCAAAUAUUGCUGUUAACUGAACUGUUUUUACAUUGGAUAGCUCCUUGUUAUAUUGAAAAAAAUGUUUUUCAUGACUGUUGUUCCUUUCAUUUGAAUGUUCAAUAUUUUUUAAAAAUACAUUUUGAACUUUGUUUUGUAACUGCCUGAUCCUGUGGAUUUAGUAAAGAGAAGCUUACCCCACAGAAUGUAAAGCUACAUUUUGUGUUGGGCAAGUGAGGCAUGGAAAAUCCUGAUUUCCUCACUUCCUAUAAAAGUGUCUUUGCACAGGGAACUGUGCUGUAAAAUUCCACUCCUUGUCAUACCACAUGGAGUCAUAGGUUGCUGCAUAAAUAUGCUCUUAAUGUAGUGGAGCUGAGCCAUGCAGGGGUAGAGAAAUAUUCCCUGCUGCUGCUUCAGCACUACCUUCAGCUAGCAUCAGAGGUCUGACCAGUGGCUGCAGAUCACCUGUUGUGGCAUUGCUCUGGCAGAGGAUCCCUUAAACAUGAUCUUAUUAUUUCAGAAUCUAGGCUAGACCUGUAAAGGAGGCCCUGCACAACUUGUAAUGCAUUCAACUGAAUACAGCCCAGUAGCCACAGAUGCCCUCUGAAGUUUCUGGCAGGCCACCAUUCAAGCUGGUGGGCUGCAUUUGGCUUGAUGGGUCACAAGUUGUGUAGGCCUUCUGCUUAGAAAUGAGGGACAUAAAUACAUACAUUGUUUGAUGAUUGUUCUAUUGUAGGUAUGCUUGAGUCCCUGGUGCAGGACACCUCUCACUUUGAAAUUUGCAAUGUGUAAAGAAUGUAUUUUUCCAGCGUUGCAUAUAGAAGGAAAUAGGGGGAAAUGAAUAAAUGUUACUUUACCUAAGAAAUGCAUAUAUGUAAAGCCUCAGCUUCAUCUGUGACAUGUUUAUAUCAUUGCCUUUGAGCAAGUCCAAAAUUUUACACUUCCUUGCCUUGUAAACUUGCUUUAAGUGGGGAAUAAUAUAUACUAAUAGAAGCACAACACAAAUUAUUUUCCAUGUGGCAGUUUUCAUUUUCUGUAGGCUCAUAUGCACAACAAAAUAGCACUUAGAGGUUAAGGGACAGUUUGCUUUUAUUUGUUUAUAUAUACUUUCAGAGUAGUAAAUCAAGAGAUGUACAGGUAUGUUACUAAGGUUAGGGUAAUGAAGAUGACUACUUACCAAGUGGUAACCUACUAUGGUUUUUGUGUGGCUUUCCACGUUGUACAUUAGUUGUCUGGGCCAAUUCAAAGUUAAUAGUAACAGCACAAGAGUUGACUUCCUAUAUCUUUCUCCCACACCGUGCUUGUAUAGGAGGAAUGGAGGAGUCUUGUAGGAAGGGUCAGACAAAAGUCAAGUAGUGGUGAUUGUUUCAGCAUGGUUCUUCUGAAGGGCUCACAACUCCUGUGGUUCUGUCAUGGCUAUGUUCCUAGAAUGGCAUGGGAAAAAGUCAUGGGACAGAAUAUCCCAUGCCAAUGCCAGAAAGGUAUGAAUUCAGCCACUGCAAUAUCCUGGUAACUAGUAGGGAUGAUUUUUGCCAUACAUCUGCUGGCACCUAAUCAGAAAUAUAGGGAAAUUCUCCUUCCCAUUAUGACAGUGCAUUGCAGGAAGCUGUCUUAUGAAGCAGUUACAUGCACAUUUUGUUGACUUGUAUUGAGCCAUUACCACCUUUCGGUUAACUCUCAUGACAGUCAGAAAUACUGACUGGAGACAUAGUCCCUUGGUAGGGAUUGAUACCACUGCGGUUAUGAUAUCUGUGCUAACUGGGGGUCAGGCUUGGUAUACUAAUUAGGGGUGGGUCUCUUCUUGGUGUGUGUGUGAGGGUUCCAAAGCUUCUUGGUCAUGGGACGCUCAAUCAUGCAACAACACAGGAGAUACAACAACUUUAUUAAAAUACUGUGGUUCUUGGCCAAACAUUCCUGGCAUGAGUUCUGUUAAAAAAAAAAUGCUAUGCUCACUUGAAUGCUCUCUAUGCAAGAGAAAUAGUAAUAUUUAGUGCAUAAGUGUUAAAAUAUUUUCACCUUCCUCUUUAGUAAGCAUUUGAUCAAAAUAUUUUUGCUAACAUUAAUACACACAAAGUUUUUUCUGGUCAAGU